AUGACACCGGUGCUAUACUAUUUACCCCCAUCGCCGCCGUGCCGUUCGGUUCUGCUGCUGGCCAAGCUGAUCGGCAUGGAACUGGAACUGAAGACGUUGAAUGUCCUUGAAGGGGAACAGUUGCGACCGGACUUCGUGGAGCUGAAUCCCCAGCACACCGUACCAACCUUGGACGAUCACGGAUUGGUGCUGUGGGAAAGCCGCGUGAUUCUGUCCUACCUGGUGUCAGCGUACGGCAAGGACGAGUCCCUGUACCCGAAAGACUUCCGGUCGCGUGCCAUCGUCGAUCAGCGGUUACAUUUUGAUCUCGGGACACUUUACCAGCGCGUGGUAGAUUAUUACUUCCCCACCAUUAUGGUGGGUGCCCAUUUGGACCAAACGAAGAAAGCCAGGCUGGCAGAGGGCCUCGGUUGGCUGGAUGCGAUGCUCAAGCAGUACCAGUGGGCAGCGGCGAACCAUUUCACGAUAGCCGAUAUUGCACUGUGCGUCUCCGUUUCACAGAUCGAAGCCUUCGGGUUCGAUUUGCUGCCCUACGCGAGGGUACGUGCGUGGCUGACCAAAUGCAAGGAUGAACUGGAGCCGUAUGGUUAUAAGGAAAUAAAUCAAACUGGAGCAGAUACAUUGGCCGGCCUUUUCCGAUCGAAACUAAAGCAGUAG